GAUCCGUGGUUUCUUUCUUUUUCUUUCUUUCUUUCUUCUGGAAACGUGUCCUGCGUGGAAAAAUGAUCCUUAGCAAAGCUGGUGUGGAGUCUGUGUCACACUGCAGUUCUGCAUCUCCUGUCGGGAAGCUGAUGGAGACCACACAGGGCCCGGGGCCGGACCUUGAGGCACCUGCGGCUCCGUUUGUCCCCACAGUAACUGCGAUCUCCACCAGUCCAGAUUUGCAGUGGAUGGUGCAGCCGACCAUCAUCACAUCUGUCUCUCCGUCUGCGACCAGACCUGAACCCGGAGAGCCAGCGGCCAAGAAGAGUGGGGCCAAAGCGAAGAACACCUCCAGGAAGGGAAAAGUCGAGCAGCUCACGCCAGAAGAGGAGGAGAAGAAGAGAAUAAGGAGAGAGAGAAAUAAAAUGGCUGCAGCAAAGUGCAGGAACAGACGGAGAGAGCUCACAGACACCUUGCAGGCUGAAACAGACAAGCUGGAAGAAGACAAAGCAGCUUUGCAGGCAGAAAUAGCAAACCUUCUAAAAGAAAAAGAGAGACUUGAGUAUAUUCUUGCUGCGCACAAGCCUAUAUGCCAGCUGCCUGAAGAGCUGGAAAGCAUUUUCCCAGAGUCGCCACAGCCUCUUCCUUCUUCAGAGAUAUCUGGCCAACUUCCAGAGGAUGGUGCGCAGGACACCCCUUCUCUGCAAGACUUGGAGACUCCUUCUGUUCCACCCACAGCUAUCUCAGGCAACUCUAAUAUCCUGCUGUGCUCCAGCGCAGAGGUCAGUUUGUGCGACCUUGAGCCGUCACUGGAUGUCAAAGAGGAGCUGCUGGAAAAUAUCCUUGGCAGUGUGGAUGAGGACAGGAUCUCUUUGGAAAAAGCACGCUCAGUCCCUGACAUCGACCUCAACGGUUCUCUAGGCUUCACAGACUGGGAAACCCUGUACAAGUCUGUGGCCAAUGAUCUGGAGCCCUUAAGCACCCCUGUGGUGAGUGCCUCCACCCCGACAUGCAGCAAUUACCUGUCCAUCUUUACGUUUGCUUGUCCUGAGCUGGACUCUCUGACUGAGGAACUGGAUGGCUGCAAAGGUGGGGUAUCCAAAUCUGACACCAGUGUGGAUCUUCUAAACUCUCCUACACUCCUGGCAUUAUAA